CGGGUCCUCAUCUACCUCCUCCGUCGGGAUCUCCGACUGGCCGACAACCCCAUUUUCACUGAACUCGCCCACCUCAACUCCCAAUCUCAAAAACCCUUCACUCAUCUCCUCCCUCUCUACGUCUUUCCCGCCAAUCAACUCGAAAUCUCCGGCUUCCUCUCCUCCGACAGCGAAAAGUCUCCUUACCCGGAGGCCCGCAGUGCCGUGGGUGGAUUCUGGAGAUGCGGUAAGCUCAGGGCGAAGUUCAUGGCGGAGAGCGUGUGGGAUCUGAAGCAGGAUUUGCAAAAGGAUCAGAGUGAUUUGAUUCUUCGAGUGGGAACGGUCAAGGAUGCUGUUCAGGCGGUUUUGGAUGGGUAUCGAGGUCGUGACGACGCGGAGGUGCAUGGCGUGUGGAUGACGGGGGAGAAGAGUUGGGAGGAGCAAGUCGAGGAGCAGGAUGUGAAGAAGAUGGUGGAGAAGGAUGGGAAGGAGUUUCAGUUGUGGAAUGAUGAAAAGUAUUUCCUAACAAUUCACAGCCGCGAUCUGCCCUUCAAGGACGCCCGCGAGUUGAAUGAUGUCUUCACAUCUUUCCGAAAGACUGUUGAGCCGUUGCGUGAAGCUCCUCGCCAGGAGUUGCCACUUGCGAAGAAAUUGCCAUCACUUCCGGACUUCAUCCCGGAGCAAGCAAAGCCGUUUGCGAUUCCUCACUCCCUCAAGGACACGAUCACAGCUCUGAACAAGCCAUUGGACGCCGAUCAGCAGCUCAAGAAUGCUCCCACUCUGCCCGAAGGAGCCGAGUCCGCCCAUCCUUUCGUGGGAGGUUCGAAACCUGGACUUGAUCGUAUCAAGCAUUUGAUCGAAUCUGGUGCGAUGACUUCAUACAAGGACACGAGGAAUGGUCUGCUCGGUCUCGACUUCAGCACGAAAUUGUCGGCUUGGCUGGCGUUGGGUUCCAUCACAGCAAGACAGGUCCACUGGCGUCUAGUCGACUUCGAAGACGGCAAGGGUGAUGUUGGCAAGAAUGCUCAGGGUUACGGAAAGGGAGAGAACAAGGGCACCGCCGCCGUACGUUUCGAACUCCUCUGGCGCGACUACAUGCGCCUCUGCACCUUCAAAUUCGGCCAGAAACUCUUCUGGCUCGACGGCUACCGUCAAGACCCCUCCGCCGCCAACAAAUUCAUCUCUUCGCCUUACUCGCACUCCACCAACAAAAAGAACCGCCAGGGCGUCAACGAUGAAGACACCCGCAUCACCGUCGAGCGCUUUCUCUGCGGACGCACCGGCACGGGACUCAUCGAUGCGAGUCAACGAGAACUCUACCUCACCGGCUGGACCAGCAAUCGCGCACGACAAAAUGUCGCAUCCUACCUCGCCAAACGCCUCGAGAUCGACUGGCGCGUAGGCGCGGAAUGGUACGAGAUGAACCUCAUCGACUACGACGUCUCCUCCAACUGGGGAAACUGGCAAUACGUCUCCGGCGUCGGCAACGAUCCCCGCGGCGACGCCCGAGUCUUCAACCCCGUCAAGCAAGCCGUCGACUACGAUCCCGAAGGGGCGUAUAUCCGCGCUUGGAUCCCCGAAUUGCGAGACGCGGGGAGGGAUUCCGAGUCGAAGAUGGGUGUUUUCCAGGCGUGGAGAUUACCUGGAGGGGAGAAGCAGAGGUUGGGCUUGGAGGGCGUGGAGUGGGUGGAGAAACCGUUGAUUAAGAUUGAUUUUUCGAUGAAUCGGAGG